AUGACCAAAGAUUUUGCCGGUCGCACCUCCCGUGCGGCCAAACCAAAAAAGCACGUUCAGAAACGUAAACCCGCGGCACCUGCCCGCGUGUUCUUUCAUGGCCCAAGCUUCACGACAGGCGCACUGGUAGGCGCUGCCAUUGUCAUCCUUGCGGCCUACGCACCGGAUUACCUGAGUGAAAACAGCAAGGCUGGCGCAACAUCAGUCACCACCGCAGCAGAUCAGGCGGGGCCGACGCAACCCAUGCAGUUUGAUUUUCCAGACAUGCUCAGAGACACCGAGGUGCUGGCAGAUCCGGAACCCUACGCCGUACCGUCCACCAGCAGCAGUGAUCAACCAGACGUCUGGCAUAUUCAGGCUGCCUCGUUUCGCGAAAAAGCAGACGCCGAUGCGCUACGCGCGCGCCUGUUGCUCGAUAACCUGCCGGCUACCACAGAGGUUUCCAGUGCCAAUGGCAGCCAAUGGCACAGAGUGGUACUGGGGCCAUUCGCCCGGCGAGUAGAUGCCAACCGGGCGAUGACCCGCCUGCGGGAACAAGGCAUUUCCGGCAUGUGCUACCCAUGCACCGGCUUACAACACACACUGCUCUCGGACAAGGACACCCCGAGCGCCGGCGUCGCUGGCCAGCGCAAUGCAGCUUUAAUCGACACGUACGAAGGGUAUUUUAUGGAACUGUUUCACGGCACCACCAUUGUCAGCGUCAGAGACGCAACACAUGUGGCUAUGGGCGGCGAUGGCCAGGUUUCAAUUGGCGACACGGUCAUGAAAGGCAACGCGGUGAAGGUGCGUAAGCUCUACCAGGGCAAAGUCAUGGCCGGUUUUGCCGGUAGCACCGCAGACGCGUUCACCUUGUUUGAAAAAUUUGAGGGCACCCUGGAGAAGUACGGCGGACAGCUUACCCGUUCGGCAGUUGAACUGGCCAAAGAGUGGCGCACAGAUCGCGCCCUGCGGCGCCUUGAAGCCAUGCUCAUUGUCGCCGAUCAGACCGCCACUUUACUGAUCAGUGGCACCGGCGAUGUGAUUGAACCUGAAGCCGGCGUACUCGCGAUUGGCUCGGGUGGCGCGUAUGCCCGGGCAGCAGCAACCGCGCUGGCUGAAAACACAGACAUUCCCGCCGCCGAAGUAGUUGCCAAAGCACUGAAAAUUGCCGGUGACAUCUGCAUCUACACCAACCAUCAACACACCAUCGAAACUCUGGCACUGUAA